CUUCUCGAGGAAGAGGCCUUAAGCUCAGUCUUCUCUGAUCGACUUUCUUCAGCUCUUCAAAUCAAAUUCGGGGGCUUUGUUGUUGGAUUUUCUUCAUCCUUCCCCCUUUUCCCCUUUAUCAAUCCCGUCACAAGCCAGCAAGAGGAGGAGGAGGAGGUGUGAAAAGGGCGGAAAUGCCAUCUCUACAAACUGCUCUACCUCCUGAGCUUGCGAAUAAUGUCAUUAGGCUUUACCGCGAGUGCCUUCGAAGAGCCAAGUAUAUUGGUCAUCAGCAACAUAACACCGAGCUUCUUGUUAGUAUGGUGAGGCAACAAUUCAGAAAAAACAUGCGUGAGACUGAUCCCGAGAAGAUUCAGAAGUUGAAAGAUGAUGCUGCUAGGGGACUAAUAAACCAUAUUCUAUACGAAUCUGAGAGAAUGUCGGGUCGAAAAUUCAGCCAAAGUUCUUGAUGUUAUAUGGAGAAUGAAAUUUCAGAUAUUGUAGGAAUAAGAUAGCUGAUGAUGAAAGUACUUCUCGGAGGUUAUUUUUGCAUUUCCUCGUUGAUUUCUAUGAUUUGUUCAAGGAAAUCGUCCAUUUUACAGUAAUUGUUGAACUUUUCUCUAUCUGCAAUCUGCAUUUUAUUGUGUAAAGUGGAUGUUUAAGGAAGAUGCGACAUAUAUUGUUCAACUCCGAAGUCCAGAUAUUACUUUAAUA